GUCGCGUUGCGUGGGAUAACUCGAAGAUCAUCUGUCUGUCUCGAACAUCGAGUCUCGGAGUCGAUUAGGAUACCUGCGUUCACCGUAGAGAUCUGGAUCUCAUUUGAUGUGCAAAACCAGCGUUGAGGGUUGGAUAGUGCUAGAAUGCUAGCCGGGAAGACGUUUCCGCUAUGUAAGGACUCUAUCCUGUCAUAUGUAUGUAUCACUGAGCACCCGCAAUCGUAAAUUGCCCGCCGUUUAGAAGGACGAUGAUGAGUAUGUCUACAGCUCAGCGACAAUCGAGAUCUGAGAGCUGUGGAGACAUAUCUCGAGAGAUUCUGACUCGUCGACGUAAUAUAUCAUGCACCUGAAUUUCAUGCCAUUACUGCGUCACCCCUGCUUCGACAACUGCUGCUACUAGAGACAAACAGCGGGAGGAUCGCUGGGUCAAACAAUCUGCGCCAUCGCAGUCAGCAUCGUCAGUGGAAUGGACUGAAUCUCAGGCACCCAAGUGGACUCGUGAACUGAGGCGGAGAUAAUCAGUCAUUCAUGUCUAAGGGGGUUUCGCAGAUAGUGGAACGGAUACAUUGGUAGAGUUGCAGAUACGUAGGAGGAGAGAGGCUACAGGUCACAGGUAGAAACACAGUGCGGAGGAAUUCAUAAUGCUACAGAGAUGGGGAGUGGGAGAAGGAUGCCAGCAAAUGCAGGGUAUAGCUCAAGCACGUUUUCGAUAGUAUCUACUGACCAGCCGCAGCGACGCUCAACGAGCCCAGCACGACCUCCCACGCGAGAUCCAGCGCAGCCCAGACACCCGCGUCGUUGACGCCUAGCGCGACGAGGUUCUGCCACAGCUCCUUGACGUGCGACGCAUGCAUCAUCAGCGUGCCGACGUUGCCGCCCGCGACGGAGCACACGUGCACCGCCAGCGCGUGGACGGUCGACGGCGAGGUGAAGGUCGCCGGGAUCGCCUCGCCGUCGUCGUACGCCAUCGGGAGGGACAUCCCGCCCGCCGGCUUCGUUGCCGCGGCUAGCGAGCCGAGGAAGCUCGUAGGGAGCGGGAUGAGCGCCGCGAGGACGGCGUCGAGGCGCCCGGUGUACAUCCACGUGUGGAUCAGCGCGAAGGCGCUGGGGGACGGAACCGCAAGCGGGAGGAUGGGGACCGUGUGGCCGGCAGGGGAGGCAGGCGGGAGCCGGGGGAGCUUGGCGCAAUGCGCGGCGAGGACGACGCCGUGGACGGGGUAGAUCAGCGCGUCAUCCGUGGCGCUCUUGGCCGUCGUGGACAGCGCAAGGAUGUGCGUGGGGUAGGUGACGUCCUCGCGGCUGGGAGCGGAGAGCGAGAUCGCGGACGGGAGCUGGGAUCGCGGACACGUCUUGGGUAUCGAGGCGGCAGCGAUGGAGAGGCCGUUCGACAUCUGCGGUGCCGUCACGCGCAGCCCUUGGCGGACGAAGGGGAGCGGAACCGACGCGAGUUCUGGGGCGACCGCAGCCAGUGCGGCUGGCGAGACUUCAUCGAAUUUAGGACGUGCGAGGGUCCGUGGGAGUUGAAGAGGUGCGGGAGAAGAGCGCGACGACUGCGAAUACGAAUCGCGACGACCCGGGGCGAGGAAGGCAGGGGAAGGGGGGUGAGACGCGACCUGGAACAUGUCUAGUGUGUGGAGGAUAUAGAUAGUGGCGGAUCGUCCGGUAUCUGGGUCGUCGUACGAAGGGCAGAUACAGUUGAACUAGGCAUCUUUAUAACGAGACUCCAUGCGCGGCUCCCCUUUGACUCGUUUUGGACGGGAUAAAGGGAGAACCAAAACGGGAACAUAGACAGCAUCAGCGGACGAAGC